AUGCCGCGCGUCCGCUCCUUACGUUCUCAGGCCAUCUCCCCCAAACGUGACCUAUCCCCUCGGCCGUCCUCUCCAACUUUCUCCGAAACAACCAAUGCUUCAGUUCUCAACUUUGGCCCCGAUGGACCAGAGAAGAUUAUCACCCGGGCGAACCUCAGAGUCAGUAUUCAAGCGUAUGAAGACCUGUUGAGCAAAUGUGCAGCUUAUCGAGCAAGCCUAGUGGCCAUGUCCAGGGCUACCGCAGGCUUUGGUGACGCCAUAGAAGCUUGUGCAGGGCUAAAGGGCCCAACGUACGAGUCAGGAACUCGUCUCCAAGCCGCGUCCGGCUUGCACCUACUCAUGAGCAAUCAUUACCAUAUAUUGGCAGAUACUCUGGAUAAGCAAUUUGAGAAACCACUUCGGCAACAUCUUGAAAAUUACCGCACAGUCGUUGCCGAUCGCUCCAACUCAUAUGAAAGGGCCCUGCACGAAAAGAGUAGCAUUAUCCGGCAAACUGAGAUGGGUAACAUGAAGAAGAAAAAUCGCAAUCUGCAAACGUUCCGAGAGGCUUUAUCUGUCCUGCAAAGACAGGUAGACGAGCUGGAUGAGCUGAAGGCCCACCACUAUCAAGAAAUUGUGGAGCACGAAGAGGAAGUAUGGGAUGUCGUGCAAGGCAAGGUCUGCCUUGUCGUGCGUUUCACGCUCGACGUCUUUGAUAGAUUCACAUCCAAGGCGUCAGACCCUAUUAUUGAACCUAUGCUUCAGUCCGUCCCUGAUCCAUUUGACGUGUAUGGCCCUCCACCCUCCAAAGACCAGAUCUUCAGCAUUCUCCCGCCUCUAUCCGUCAUCGCCAAUGCCCCCUCGUCAUCACCUAGUCCACUUACUUCCUCUACUCCUGAGCUGGAAGGAAGCGAUGGCGUCGCAUCGGGAAAGAACUCUUGGGCACCGAACCCUGGUGGAUUCUUCCCCGAUACAAGUGCGGCAUGGGCUGAUGUUGCAUCACCCCCUGUCUCCCCACCUCCCGGGCCGGCCUCUAUGUCAAUAUCUCCCGCACGAUCUGUGUCUCCAUCAACAGUAGAGGUUUCCGUAGGAGUGUCCCCACCAUCAACAAUAACACGGCGCCAUUCGCAUCCAGCUCCGUCAACCUCGUCAAUCCACCAUCCACGGAAGUCGGAGUCAAAGCUGCGCAGCGUGCUCUCAGUUAUUGACGAAGGCCAACCUCGUUCAAAUGGGAAUGCUGAGGAGAGACCCGUUAGGACCGCAUCAGAAUCAUCAGCGUUAGGAACCGCAUUGCCGACACCUAAGGCCCCGGGAAGCCCGCCCUCACACUCAGGGUGGAGCAUGUUUGGCUUCUCAGACUCGUAUAAUCACGACAGAGGUGGCGGCGAUAAUGAUACCACUCCCCGAAACUCGACUCUUAUUCGAGCGCAGUCACCAUCAGAAUCACCGUCCAUAACCCCGGAGGACACACCCCAAGCGGAACGCAGCCGCAGCCCUAACUCGGAUGUGACUGUCGUCCCUGUAACGACAUAG